GCUUCACACAGAAGCUGCCAUUCAGUGUUGUUGCACUUUAGAAAAGGCAGCACUGCAAGGAAUAGCAGUGGAAGAAGAAGCAGAGCAGCCUCCUGCACAAUUUAUUAUAGGGUAGGUGGGUCGCAAGCCCCUUUGUCCUGCGCAAUAAAAACACGGAAUACCCCAAACGGAGGACUCAAGAGUUUGGAAUAGCAUUCCUUCUUACUGCAAUUGCGAAAUGGAAAAUUCGUCUUCCAACAACCGGUUUAGGACAACAAUGUUCAACCACGAUGAUGAGCACUCAAGCCAUUACAAGGAUGAUUCUGAAGACUCUGAGUUGGAGAACAUCAUGCAACAAGACCCCCACCACAGCGUGGACCACCCUCACCCGCCUCUGGGCGGCUAUGAGCACAGCCCCGACCAUGAGCACUUCCACCCGGUGGACAGGGAGGCAGAGGGUGGCGACACCCCCGGGACGCCCACCUUUUUGCGGCCCCCCACGGCGGGUGGCAGGGCCCAGUCAGACAACCAGGGCGUAGGGAGGCUGCAGUUGGGUGGAUGUGGGAUGGUGGAUCACUAUGACAUGCAGUCUCCCCUCAGUCCCACCAGGCCCAAGAGCCCCUGGGGCCGCUUUGAUCCCUACGACUUUCCAGAGGACCAAGACAAGGACUAUGUGGGCUUUGCCACACUGCCAAACCAGGUGCACCGUAAGUCUGUCAAGAAGGGCUUUGACUUCACCCUGAUGGUAGCAGGGGAGUCUGGUCUGGGCAAGUCCACCCUGGUCAACAGCCUCUUCCUCACAGACCUCUACAAGGACAGGAAGCUACUCAACGCUGAGGAGCGGAUCACUCAGACAGUGGAGAUCACUAAACACACAGUGGACAUUGAGGAGAAGGGCGUCAAGCUGAAGCUCACCAUCGUAGACACCCCUGGCUUUGGAGACGCUGUCAAUAACACUGAAUGCUGGAAGUCAGUGGCGGACUACAUUGACCAGCAGUUUGAGCAGUACUUCAGGGACGAGAGUGGACUGAACAGGAAGAACAUCCAAGAUAACAGAGUUCACUGCUGCCUCUACUUCAUCUCUCCCUUCGGACACGGCCUGAGGCCUCUGGAUGUGGAGUUUAUGAAGGCCCUUCAUGAGAAGGUCAACAUUGUGCCAAUCCUGGCCAAGGCAGACACACUCACACCCACUGAGGUCAAGAAAAAGAAAUUCAAGAUCCGAGAGGAGAUCCAGCAGUAUGGGAUUAAGAUCUACCAGUUCCCAGACUGUGACUCUGAUGAGGACGAGGACUUCAAACAGCAGGAUCAGGAGCUCAAGGACAGUAUACCGUUUGCGGUGAUCGGCAGCAACACGGUGGUGGAGGCCAAAGGGAAGAGGGUCCGGGGUCGUCUUUAUCCCUGGGGCAUCGUGGAAGUGGAGAACUCGGCGCACUGUGACUUUGUGAAGCUGAGGAACAUGUUGGUGAGGACACACAUGCAGGACCUGAAGGAUGUGACACGGGAGACCCACUAUGAGAACUACAGGGCUCACUGCAUUCAGAGCAUGACCCGCAUGGUGGUGAAGGAACGCAACCGCAAUAAACUGACCAGGGAGAGCGGCACAGACUUCCCCAUCCCUGUGAUACCAAGUACCACAGACACCGAGACGGAGAAGCUGAUCCGAGAGAAAGACGAAGAGUUGCGGCGAAUGCAAGAGAUGCUCACAAAGAUCCAGGAACAGAUGCACACGCAGAAGGAGGCCUAUUAACCAAGGCUACUACUAGAACCCCUUUCCCCUGUGUAAAUAUAGGCCCCUUCUUUCCACUACUAGGGUGGGCACCCCUAGUACCACUCUACUCUAGUCCACAAACAUUGUCUGCUCCAGCUCAUCCAACCCCAACUGCCACCACUCCUCAUUUAGUCAAUAACCCUCACUAUCAGAGACUGAUCCAAGACCAGGCAUGAGGCAUUUUACAGACAGGAGUUGGCAUGGUGAGAAGUUUCUUCUUCCAACAACAUGGAAGCCUUGCAUCUCCACACCUGUUGUGGAAACUCUAACAGUAAUAACGGGCACCCCUGUCAGGUGCCAUUGCUAGAGCACAACACCGGUCCGGACAGCACAGACCUAACCACCUGCUUGUCCUUACAGGGUUAUGGCCGGGUCCUGCCUGCCUGCCUUCCACCCAUAGUUUAUAUGUGGUCUUGUCAAAAGAUAACUUUUUGCCCUCCAGUUUUGUCGCUAAUGUUCCUUGAUGUUUCUCCUUAGUGAACUCUAACCCCUGACAUUGGUUAAGGGAUAGACUGUAGAGCAUGUGUUGUCCUGUCCCUCUGCUAGGUGUUUGAAAGUUUAUAUUGUAACAAGUUUAGAUGUGUGGUCUUAACCAACCUAGACAAGGUAUGGUUUGAGGGAGGUUGGCCUGCCAGAUUUGUAUUUUUUUGUCAUGCACAAUUUUUUCCCAAGAGCAUUUUUAAAAGGUCAAUACUGUAGAUGGGAAUCUUUUUUUUACUAUUACAGGAUUGCAUCUAUCACUUGUAAUUAUUUUAUUUG